AUUACAUCAUAUAGAUGCAUCGAAGAAAGCUUAUGCUGCGGCAAUAUAUUUGAUACAAGAAACUGAAAAUACGAGGGAGUCUAAUUUGAUAUUUGCAAAAACUCGAUUAGCACCAAACAAGGAGAUAUCAAUACCACGACUGGAAAUUAUGGCUGUAUUGAUUGGAGUAAGAUGCAUGGAAUACGUUACAAAAGGGUUGAAAAUUAAUUUACACGGAAGGUAUUUGUUUUCAGACUCACAAUGUGUGUUAAAAUGGAUUAAAACAGAAAAAGGACUUAAUGUGUUUGUAGAAAACAGAGUAACAGAAAUAAAAGGUUAUAGAGACAUUGUAUUUGGAUUAAUAUCUACGAAAAAAAAUCCAGCUGACAUUGGAAGUACAGGAAUUACAGCAAAUCAGCUAGAAUAUUGCAAGUUAUGGUGGCAUGGACCUAAGUGGCUAUCACAUCCAGUCAAUCUGUGCAAAAACAACAAAGUGAAUGAAAUGAUGCAUGACUGUCCAGAAAAAGAAUGGAUGUCAGAAAUAAAGAAUAAAGAAUCUAUGAUGAUAUCACAAACAUAA